GGCAGCCAAUGAGAGGUGCCCAGCCCUUCGGGCGGCUGCCAAUCGGCUGGGAGGCGGCGAGCCCGUUGGUCGCAGCCUUCCGGCGGCGGCGGCCAAUCGGCGCAGGCGAGCGGGAGCUCGGUGUGUGCGGGUCACCUCCGCGCCGGGAAGAUGGCCCAGAGGCUGGCGCUCCAGCGGCUGCUGUCGCUCCCCACGCGGGGGUCCCUGGCACCCCACGGCAGGGCCUUUGGCACCUCUGCUGGCCGUAGGAGCACUUUCAACGUGCAGGAUGGCAGCGACUUCCAGGACCGAGUGGUGAACAGCCCCAAGCCCGUUGUGGUGGACUUCCACGCGCAGUGGUGUGGUCCCUGCAAGAUCCUAGGCCCCAGGUUAGAGAAGCUGGUAGCCAAGCAGGAGGGGAAGGUGCUGAUGGCCAAGGUGGACAUUGACGAUCACACUGACCUUGCUAUCGAGUACGAGGUGUCAGCAGUGCCAACUGUGCUGGCUAUGAAGAACGGAGACGUCGUGGAUAAAUUUGUGGGCAUAAAGGAUGAGGAUCAGCUGGAGGCAUUCCUCAAGAAACUCAUUGGAGCCUGAAGUAAAAUGGUGGCUGUACCUCUGCCUCUGGACACGUCCAUGUUGUGCAUUCCUUGCCUGGGAGAGCUGAGGGCAAGUCAAUUGCCUGCCCUGUACAACCCGGGGGUUUCUUCUGUUUUGGUGUUUUUAGGAGAUGGAAAAUGUUGUAACCCUUCCCUCCUUCUCCCCCUUCUCAUGAGCAGCAGUAGUUGCAAAGGGCGCUGAGGAGCAGGGCUGCUUAUUCUCAAAACGGGGAAUGUGGCUGGAAUUAGGAGCCUGUGUUUAUCAGCCAAGAGCUGACGUGCAGAGCUGCUGCUGCUAACAGGAGGAAUGUUUUUGUCUUUGCCUCACAUCUGAUAGCCCAGAGCAGAGGACAGCUGCUCCUUACAGAGGAUGGUACAUACCUGCCCUGGGUGGGUUCGUUUAAAGCUGAGAAUGCCUCUGUCUUGUCUGUGAAACCUGUCUGUUUCUUCCUCUGUCCUUGUGUUGAUGGGACAGGUACAACUCCUCCACAAAUCCAUGGGCUCCUAUCAUAAUUUAAUAAGAGAAAAUAGGGAGAAGUAUUUUAUAGAUCUCCUUUUGUAUGUCUGCAGCAGUAGAGAACUUUUAUCAGUCACUGCUGUCUAUCCAGGAGAAUAAAACUUGAUUUUCACAAA